CCACGUGAAUAGUUCCCACGCCUCAUUAUUUUAGGGGAGAAACAAACAAAAUUAGGUCCCCGCCGCUCCGCACCUCCUCAGAGACCGAAACUCUGAAGCUUCACUGAGCUUCUCGGCAUGUCGCAAGACCAAGCGUCUUCCAGCCAGAAUGCCCCCUCAACCUGGACAGAACCUCCCUGGUCGGGCUGGAUAGAGACCACAGGCGAUGCCCUGCUCAUCCUCGAGGCUGCAAGACGGGGCCUCAUCCCCCGCGUGACGCGUCGUCUCGUCGACUCUGAGCGCAAGAUGAUCACCUCGGGCUCCGUGUUCGUGUUCGACGAGGACGAAAGCGGUAUCAAACGCUGGACGGACGGCUUCUUCUGGAGCCCAAGCCGCAUCCUGGGCAACUUUCUUUUGUAUCGCGAGACAGAGAAGAGGGGGGCAGGGCAUCGAAGCGCGCGCGCAGAGAGGGAGGCAAACGAAGAAUACGUGCAAGAGACCAUCAAGACUGAGAACGGUCAGAGCCUCAGCAGGCCCAAGGGCGAGUCUGCUCGUCUGGGAAUCGAUCGGCAACGCGAACGCAGUCUUGUUGGAAGCUUGACGAACAGCUACAAGUUCAAGCCUAGUGGAUUGAUGAAGAAGACAUUCUCCCUGACGAUUGGCGGCGUCGCGCAACACCUUAUUUCCUACUACAAGGUUGAAGAUGUCGAGCAGGGACGCCUGCGCUCACCCUCGACCCUUCCCGAACUGGCGUCUCUCGAUAUAUCCCCCGAAUAUCUCGACAAGACACAUUUCAGGAACCCACCGAAGGUCGAAAUGGGUGUCGACGGCAUCCCUCGUUACCGUGGGGAAGCAGACGAGCCGGAUACGUCUCCAUUACUGUCUACGCCCUUGCUACUUCCAUCGCCAGAGGACGAACCCUCGUCUUCCAAGCGCGCAAAGCGUUACGACCCGUACAGUUCUUCGGGCGCUCCCAAGCGCUCGAGGAAGAGCAAGAACGCUUCGCGCAGCCAGGACUCCGCGGGUGAAGAGUCUUCGUCUCCCACCUAUCCUACCCCCAUUCACCAGAGUCCUCCCUCGUAUCCCGAGCACGGGAGUCUUUCGCAGACAACCGGCUAUAGUGGGUAUAGCUACUACCCCAACUACUACAGCUCCUACCCCCCGCCCCCCGCUUCGUCCACGUACCCUGCCCCGCCCGUCUCUCCCAUUCAACACACGCCGACUCCGCCGCCGCAGCCCACGUCCCCGAUCGCUUACUCAGGCUACGGGCACGAAACGUCGCAGACGGCAGUGUCGAGCUCAUAUCCAUACUAUCCCCCGCAACACGGCUACGGCUCGUACUCGCAGACCUGGCCACAGUACUCGGGAUACGGGCACUCGUCUGUACACCACUCGCACUCAGCCGAUGGGCACGACAGCCUGGGACACAAGGAGGAAAGGGAAGAAGUCGACAGCGCGGCCUAGACGACCGCCAGAGGCAAUUGCGUUUGGUUUCGGUCCCUGGUUUCUUGCUUCGCUACGGCACGCACACUCUCCCUCCGGGUACGCCCCUAUUAUUCGCUCUUUUCCUGUUGUGUCUUUAUCUGGCUGUCGUGCGUCCUCUCCCUUCUUGUCUUAUCUGCGGUCCCGAGAUGCCUUUCGAUGAUACCCACCCCGUAACCUAUACGUCCUUCACGCCCUCUUACGUACCCGACGCUUCGUUCCGAGUAUAGCUAUUCCUUGUGUCUAGUUCCCCGAGUCUCUCUUCUCGUCGACGUGUUUCCCAUGCACCAUCCUCAGAAUGUUGUCGGUAUAUGCUAGUCCCCCGUUAUUUCUCUG